ACCCCCAUUUCAAUAGUUGAAAAUUGUCGGGGGAUCGGAACAGCAGAGAAACCUCAGGGUUUCUAUUGAAAUAAAGAAGGACGCCCCAUUAUUUCUGAUUUGAGACAGUGCCGGCAGGAUUUAACAACAUGGUGGUGGUAGCAGCAGGGACCGGGGGAGCCCACAAGGUGCUCCUGAUAUCCGGGAAGCAGACCGGCUCGUCCAGCGGCUCAGCGGCAGGCUUCAGCCGGCCUAUUUCUGUGGUUUUGCCGUCGGCUGCCAACCAGGCUUCGUCAGACUCAGACUCCAAUUCGUCUGCGGGACCACCGCUACGAAAAAGGCAGAGGCUGACACACUUGAGUCCGGAAGAGAAAGCACUUCGCAGGAAGCUCAAGAACAGAGUGGCGGCUCAGACAGCCAGAGACAGGAAAAAGGCCAAAAUGGGGGAGCUGGAGCAGCAAGUCCUGGAGUUGGAGCUGGAGAACCAGAAACUUCAUGUUGAAAACAGACUUCUGCGGGACAAGACCAGCGGCCUUCUGACAGAGAAUGAGGAACUGAGACAGAGACUUGGGUUGGACACGCUCGAGUCAAAAGAGAAGGUUCAGGUGCUGGUGUCCAGUGGGAAUGACGCAGGUUUGGGGAUCGGGUCUUCUGAGUCCGCAGCACUCAGGCUACGUGUGUCCGCAGCAGGUGCAGGCCCAGCAGUUCCUAAAUCUGAAGACUUCCCAAUGGAUACAGAUGGUCCUGACGCUACAGACAAUGAGUCUGAUUUGCUACUGGGCAUUCUGGACAUCCUUGACCCAGAGAUGUUCCUCAAGUCUUGUGAGCAGGAGUGCGAGGAGCCGCAGGUGCUGCUGGUCGGAGGGGGGGACCCACUACCUGCCGCCACACCUGCAGCUCUGGGGGCCCCACCAGUUAAGCUGGAGGCCCUUAAUGAACUGAUCCACUUUGACCACAUCUACACCAAGCCCGUGGAGGAGGUGAGCGACGACGGGCAAUGCAGCAACAUGGAGAGCGGCGCGGAGGUGAAGAUCGAGGAGGCCUUCCCCGUCGCCGAGGUGGUGGUCGAGGCCGAGACGGUCUGCGUCAAGGACGAGCCGGAGGAAGUGGUGAUCCCUGGCUGUGAUAGCCACAGUCGGGUGGAUGACUUCUUCUCAGCAGCCUCUUCUCCCGCCUUCAGCGGCCUGGAUAAGGAAGCCUACCUGGCGGACGCCUACAGCGACUCCGGAUACGAGCGGUCCCCUUCCCCAUUCAGCAACAUGUCGUCCCCCCUGUGCUCAGAGAGCUCAUGGGACGACGUGUUCGCUAAUGAACUCUUCCCCCAGCUUAUCAGUGUCUGAAUCAACAACUUCGCCCCAAAUAAGUUAUCCAUAUAUAUAUCUAUAAUAUUAUACACCUGUUGUGUAGUGUUAAAUAACUACAGAUGGCCACACAAUACUUCAUUCUGAUGUACAAACACCAUUGAACCCUCUCGUGUUUAGGCUGAAGUUAAGCACAUAAUCUCCUUUUUAUUACAGCAGGUCUGUACUGUGGGCGAUGCUGCAUUGACUUGUGGGAGAUGGAGUUCACGAUGGCUUAUUUGGCAUCACUAAUUCCUACAGUGGUUUUAAGAUUGCUAACAAAUCUUUUCACCCGCUGUUCCAAAUGAAAUGUGGGUGGAAUCCAGUAUUUCUGUAAAUCUGUCGAUGGGAGAAUGGGGACUGAUCAUUUAAAUAAGAAAUUUAUUUAUUUGUGUAUUCCGCUUCGGAGUCUUUGUAACGUUUGCAUGUAAAAAGCUUCUAAUUUUGUUGCCGCUCUCCUUGUAGCCUAAUUACUGCAUUAAAAAAAUUUGCAUUGCAUUGCA